GGUAUGACGGGCAAAGGCCUGAUGUAUGUUGGAGAGACGUCCUGUGCGCCGUAGUUAAAUGCUGAUAUUGUCUAGCUACUUCACUAGUGUCUUUGUCUCGUUGGGAGUUUUCCUCUUCGGAUAUGAUCAAGGUGUCAUGUCCGGUAUCAUCACCGGGCCUUACUUCCAGGACUACUUCAACAAUCCAUCUCAUGCGGAGAUUGGGACUAUGGUGGCCAUUCUUGAGAUCGGAGCCCUUAUCUCUUCACUCGCUGUCGGCAAAAUUGGUGAUGUGAUCGGCCGAAGGAAGACCAUCCGCUAUGGAUCGGCCAUAUUUUUUGUUGGUGGCGCAAUGCAGACUUGCGCGACUAACAUGCCUAUGAUGAUGCUGGGCAGGAUCAUCGCUGGUCUGGGAGUAGGUGCGCUCUCAACUAUUGUCCCAGUGUAUCAAUCCGAAAUUUCCCCCCCACACAACCGCGGUAAAUUAGCUUGUAUAGAGUUCAGCGGUAACAUCAUCGGAUACACUACAUCGGUAUGGGUAGACUAUUUCUGCGGCUAUAUCGAGAGUAACUACUCAUGGCGCGCACCGCUGUUUAUGCAGUGCGUAAUGGGAGCAUUGCUGGGAUUUGGAAGUUAUCUCAUUGUUGAGUCACCCAGAUGGCUUCUUGACAACGACCAUGACGAGGAAGGUAUUGUCGUCAUCGCGAAUCUUUAUGGUGCCGGUGAUAUCCACAACCCCAAGGCCCGUGACGAAUAUCGAGAGAUCAAGAUGAACGUACUGCUACAGCGUAUGGAGGGCGAGCGAACCUAUUCUGAGAUGUUCCGCAAGUAUAAAACGCGUGUCUUCAUUGCCAUGUCUGCACAAGCCCUGGCUCAAUUGAACGGUAUCAAUGUUAUUUCUUACUACGCUCCCUACGUCUUCGAGUCUGCCGGAUGGACCGGUCACGAUGCUAUCAAGAUGACCGGAAUCAAUGGUAUUACAUACCUGCUCUCGACAAUUCCGCCAUGGUACAUCGUGGAUCGAUGGGGCCGCCGAUUUAUCCUGCUUAGCGGUGCCGUAGCUAUGGCUCUGUCGCUUUCUAUGGUUUCCUACUUCCUUUAUUUGGACGUGAAGAACACACCGACAUUUGUUGUCAUAUUCGUUAUGACCUACAAUGCUGCAUUUGGAUACUCAUGGGGGCCGAUUCCAUGGCUCUACCCACCCGAGAUCUUGCCUCUCAGCAUUAGAUCGAAGGGAGCCAGCUUAUCGACGGCUGCUAACUGGACUUUCAACUUCAUCGUUGGUGAGAUGACACCAAUCUUGCAGGACUGGAUCAAAUGGCGUUUGUAUCUUCUCCACGCAUUCUUUUGCGUUGUCAGUUUCAUCACUGUUUACUUCAUAUACCCCGAGACAAGCGGCGUCCGGCUGGAGGAGAUGGAUUCCUUGUUCGGCGAUGCUACCACUGCCAUGGGUACUCCCAGUCUGCGAUCGGAAACUGGUUCUAUCUACAGAGCCACAUCCCCCGUACCAUCACUUGAUCUUCGUGGACGGGCACCCCCAGAGUCAGCCAUUCCACCACUGGACAUUGACCCGCCUCAUGUCAACAUGUUAGACGGCAAGCCGCAAAUCGGGAAGGCCCGAGAUGAGACUUUUUUGGGUGGCCUUUAG